GCCGGAUAUAGAGCAGCGGGGAACCAUAUGAAGAGCAAGUUCUUGCCAGGCACUCGCGAAGACCUCUUCGCCAGCCUCAAUGCAUGGGCUUCAGGCAAGGAUCCAAGUAUCACCGGGAAGAGUGACGUCUGUAUCCUCACUGGUGUAGCUGGCGCGGGAAAAUCCACCAUCGCAGUCGAGUUUGCCAGGCGCCUCGACGAAGACUUGCUUGCCCUGGGCGCAUCUUUCUUCUUUGCCACCGGCGACGCUGAGCGCUCGACUACUCGUCUCUUCUUCCCUACAAUCGCAUAUCAAGUCGCGAAGUCUCGAGGGGAUAUCAGGGAUUUCAUUGUCGACGCCAUCCCCAAACACCUCGAACACGGUCAGCACCAGCAACUUCAGUACGAAGCUACCCAUCUCCUCCAGGAACCCUUUUCCUUCGUCCAUGCACUACACCCUACAUUCAUCAUCGUUGUUGACGCUCUGGAUGAAUGCGUGGAACCCACCGAUCGCAGGCUCCCCAGCACGAUGAUGGAUUUACUCAUUUCUUGCGCAAAGCAGGCCCCCUUCCCUGUCAAAAUCCUUCUCACUUCGCGUCCGGAGGACGUCAUCGAAGACACCAUCGUGUCAAGCGUAGGCUCCAGGGAAGAGAUCCAUACUCUUGAUCUCAGCGAACAGUCUCGCGAAUCGAUGGACCGCGAUGUCAAGGUCCUCAUCCAGCACGAGUUGAAGACCGCGUACCCCGGCCGCGACCUUCUCGAGGGCCGCGACGAUCUCGUCACAACAUACAUCUCAGUGCCAGGGUUGCAACCAAACCCCUGUAAGGCCCAAGGUUGCAACCAGCGUACGGUUGCAACCGUACCACGGUUGUAA